UGAGCAUUGGAGUGGUGAACGUCAAGCUUACAACAACAGUCACUAAGGAUGCCGGGCUGGUGUGCAGCAAACUCCUGCUCAAACGAGCGAACUAAGGAAAACAGAAGUCGUGGGAUUACUUUUCACAAGUUUCCACGGGAUGUUGAGAUUAGAAAGAAGUGGGAAGUGGCCCUAAGAAGAGAAGGGUUCGUGGCAACGGACCAUUCAAUAAUAUGCAGUCAACAUUUUAAGCAGGCUGAUUUCGAUCGCACGGGCCAGAUUGUACGACUCCGAGAUGGGGUUAUCCCAUCCCUUUUCAACUUUCCGGUUCACCUCCAAAAAUCAGUGAAGGGCAGGGCUACAUCUACAGCCAGGGAAGCUGAAGAAAGCCUGUGUGCGGUCUCUGACGAUCCCCCAGAAAUGGCAACACCGCAACCUCAGCCCAAUGAGGACCAUAGCUAUACUUUAUCCACUUCUCCGACCGCCCUUAAGGCCAAACUCGAGGCAGCCAUGGUGAGAGUGGGGAGUCUGGAACGGGAGAAGAGGAAUGCAAUCUCCAGGGAAAAGAGGGCAAAGUUGACUGUGAAGAGUCUUUUGGGGGAGUUGAGGGAACAGAACCUUCUAACAAAAAGUACAGGUGUCAAAAUGGUAUUGGUACCUGUCAGUCAUGGGGUUUGUUAUAAACAUUGACACACUGAUGCUGAUGAUUCCCGAACUGCUCCAGGUUCAGAGAUAUGUGCUCACCUACAGGUCCAGCCAGGACCAUUUGGAACUCCUAUUUAAUUCCAUCAGAGCAUCAGGUGGAGUUGUUGUUCUUUUAAGGCCUUGACACACCAACCCGACUUCCCCCGCUCUCUGCCGACUGCUGUGUCGGCUCGCAUCGGCUGUGUCGGGCUGUGUCGGGCUGUGUCGGGCUCUGUCGGGCUCACUAGACACACCGCAAAUACGACACCCGACGGCGAACUAGCACGUACGUUCUGCGCAUGCGUGAGAGGUAAUUCCCCUCCAUACCAGCAGGCAGCGGUAGUCUGUAUUCAGGGGCUCAAGGAGGAGGACAGCGCUUUUUUUUUCAAAGCUUUAUUGAGAAAACACAAGUGCAGACAAACAAAACUCUGAUCAAAACAGACAAACAAAACUCUGUGUAGAAUUACUGCUGACUGAAAUAAAUAAUUUAGGAAGAUAAAUGUUGGUUUAAUAGAUGAAAUCUAACAGUUGUAGCUAUGCCUGUUAAGUAAUUUGCUCCGAAAAAUUUUGGGAUUUUCUGCCUGCCUGCCGGCUCCGGAGCUGAUUUAUGGUUCCACGUUAAAUCGACGCAGAGCCUACGGCCUAGGGUACGGCGUACAGCGCGCGUCGCCGCGUAACCUACGCCGUAGGUUCUGCGUUGGUGUAACGCAGAACCAUAAAUCAGCCUUUAAUCUGGCGCGGUUUGAAAAAGACAAGCGAGUGAUUAUGUACAUUCACUGAGUGAAUAUUAUGAAAGUAAUAUAUUUAUUUCUCGCUGGAAAUGUUUUUUUUUUUAAUUCAGUCCGCAAAUGACGACGAAAAGCAUUCUGGGAAAUUCUGGGAACAGCCAAUCACAGAGUGAGUUGUUUUGACCGACGGCCGACGCCGAUUCAAUAUGUCGAAUCGGCUGAAAAGCUCCCGUCGGGCGCCCGACCUGUGGCGACGUGCGGGACACACCGGGGAAACUAGCCCGACCGACGAGCACCGACGCUUACCGACGGCCGAUUUUCGGCUUGGUGUGUUAGCCCCUUUAAAGGUGCACUGAGUAAUGUCACUUCUGUUGAAGUUCCAUGUAAACAAACGUCAGUGUUUGAAUGAAAUGUUGUUUAUGUUUUUGUGCACAGCCUGGUGUUUGAUUACGAUCUGAGACAAAUGAAAUUGUGCUGAAAAUCAAGCAAAAUCUGAAUACUUCAUGUGUUUUCCAUAUAAGGUGGAUGUGACAAUAGUCCCACGGCACGCCAGUUCCAGGCCAUCUUCCGCCGUCUGAUGGUUGGGUGUGGGGUCUCCCCUGGUGAGACAGGCAAUGGGGCAGCCCUGGACAACACUGUGGCCCUGUCUGCUGUGGAGAUGUCCUCGGCAGAGAGCAUUGAGCAGCACCCAUCUCCAUUCCAGCCCUUGUCUCCGACCACAGCUACCUGCCAACUCGUUUUGGGGGGCUGGUGGAGAAUGCCCUGGUGUACAUCGCGGGAUUUGUUGUCAGGAAAGUUCUUCGCCAGCUGUCCUGUGAUGUGUGCCGUUGGAGCUUAGUCAGAGAGGCUGUGCCAGGUUCAGGUGAAAAGAACUAGCACCUUCUGACCCUGAAGAACAACGGCGGACUAGUGAUUCCUUCACUUGGCACAGUCAAGGUGCUGAGAGUUGCAGAGAGGGUCAUCCGCCAAGCUCCACCAACACAAACUCUGAAGCUGUCAAGUCUGUGUGCGUGUGCGUGUGCGUGUGCGUGUGCGUGUGUGUGUGUGUGUGUGUGUGUGUGUGUGUGUGUGUGUGUGUGUGUGUGUGUGUGUGUGUGUGUGUGUGUGUGUGUGUGUGUGUGUGUGUGUGUGUGUGUGUGUGUGUGUGUGUGUGUGUAUCCAGUGUUUAAGAUGUGUGUUACGUUGUGCCAAGUAUGAACUAUAAACAAUAA